AUGGACGAUAAAACAAAGGCCUCACAUGAGCAAAAAUUGAACCAAAUCCGCGCCAUCCUAAAGAAAUGGGAGAGCGACUGGGCAGCCGGCCACGGCGGCUCCAAGCCCAGUCGACAGGAUAUAAAAGACAAUCCAACUAUAGCUGCUAAAUACACAGAAUACAAUAAGACACGAGACAUUCUCGCGGGAAAAAUCUUCGCGCCGCCGUCCAAUGAACACGCGCCAAACCUCAAGAAACGGCGCUCCGACCGGCCGCCUACCGAGACGCCGCUCAGGAAGAACAAAUAUGCCGAAACACCGAUGAAGAGGCGCGCGCUUGACGAGGACCAAUACCUGAGCACGCCCGCCAUCUCGAGAAGGCUCUUCAGCCCGGCGCACGUCACGUCCAUCGGGCCCACGCCGCAGCGGGAUGGCAAGGUGCUGGGGCUUUUUGACCUCUUGAUGGGCAAGGAGCUGGGCACGUCGAGCAAGGACGGUACGAAUGACCCACCGCCCCCAACAAUCCGAGGACGUCGUCGAAUCGCAGAUGAUGCAACGCCCAGCCGGCGCCGAAGGUCCGAGGACGAGGCGUCCGCGCUGAGCUGCACACCCAUGUCGAGUGGCAAACGUCACGAGCUCAGAGCCUUUACCACGCCUUCGCAAGUCCGGGACGCAGGCACUGACGCCGGAGUCAGGACGCCCACAAUGGGAUCUGUGUCCAAGCUGCAGUUUGACACGCCAGCUUUUCUAAGGAGACAUACGCUACUGGCGCCGGACGAGGCGGCUGCAUUUGGUACGCCCGCGCCGCUCAAGCUGCCCAGGAAGCUACCCGGCCGCGGCCUGAGUGAGAUUGUUGCGAGCCUGCGGAAAGUAGAAGACGAUAAACUGGAUGACGACGAUGACAUGGCUGCUCUGCGUGAGGCCGAGGCGGUUGAGAGGGUUUCUGCGCGGUCCGUUACCGCACCGAGAGCGGAGCCCGCAGCUGCCGCUACUACCAAGGAGAGCGACAUACUGGCGAGAGAGCGCGAGGCUCAGCACAUCCUGCUCGGCGGCUCAAACGACGAGGGCAUGUACGACAGCCUCGAGGAUGCAGACCACUCGGCCCUACACGGCCAGCCGCAGCUCUUGUACAAGAAAAAGGGACAGAAGCGCACGACGCGACGCGCAAACAUGCGUCCCGCCAUUACGGACCGGCCGACUGAGCGGCUCGACGACUCGCUGGACGUGGUUGCCGAAACGCAGCUCGAUAAGCAGGAGAAUAUAGAUAGCGAAUACGAAGACGCGGAUAGUACGGAGAGCAAGAAGCAACCCGUCAAGGAAGGCGUAGUCAAAAAUUCGGUGUGCAAGGUAAACGAGCCUGCGCACACCAACUUUAGGCGCCUGAAGCUGAGGAACAAAAAUAUGAAGGGGAAAUCGGGGGGCUUCAGUCGAAAAUUUGGGCGCCGGUGA